AUGUCCGUAUCUGAUGCGGCCGCAUUGGCCAGCAGUGAUGAGGAGGCAAUGCCCGUCAGCAGCCAUCCGAGCGCACAUCGCGACUACAGUGAUUCGCGGUUGGAGCGCGUGGCCAACUACACAACGACCACGAUGCGCCUCAAACCCGACAAAUGGUCCAAAAUGAUGGCCAACGAUGAGUUCCGGCACAUUGUGCUGGACUGGCUCCAUGGACGGAGUCGAGUGUUGGUCAUGACUCUCAGCUCGGGCAGCGAGCUGGUGCCGCGAAGCUGUGUGAGCGACUUGUAUUGUAACUAUAUGUUGCAAGGAGGAGGCAACAACUCGGCUGCCUCCCGUGCCUCAACGGCUGUCCACGACUCCAGUGCCUCGCCCAUUACGGCAACAGCUGCUGUGGUGGCGGCGGCAACAUCGACGGGCGGCGCUUUGCUGGUGCCAAUGCCGCCAGCCUCCUCGAGCUUUACCACUCUGGAUGGGGUGCCGCGUGGCAAGUGUGCGUACUUCAUACGCCACAAUUUGGCCGUGCCACUGACGGCCGACAACUUUCAGAGCUCGGUGCUGUAUGGCGACUUCCCGGUGCACAGUAAAAUCGAAACAAUGUCGCUGCUCUUCGACGAGGUGCUGCAGCCGCUGUUGGAGCAGGUCCAGGGCAAUUGGCCAACGCCUGUGCGCAAGGAUCUGCAGAGUCGCGUCAAGGAAGUGCGCAACACCCUCACCGAGAUUAAGGGCAAGACCAACAAUCGCACAAUUUUAUCGUUAUUAGUUUCGCCAACAAUCGUCGAAGCAGUCGCCGCUCAAGUCGACCAGGGGAAUCUAAGGGCAGCAUUGGAUCCCAAAUUUCGCAAUCUGCUCGAGGAGAUGUUCAUCAAUUGGACAACCCAAAUGCAUGACAUUGUGAUGGAGCAUUCGGAGUCGGUUGGCCUGAGUUGCAGCUCAGCUGCAGCUGCCACAGUUGCAAGUGGAGCAACUGCAACCGCAACCAUGUCGAAUGCGAAGCAUUUGAGUCUAGUGACGCUGCCGCCGCAGGAGAUUGCCUUCUGGACGAAUCGCAAACUCAAUCUGCAGAACAUCUAUGAGCAGCUGCGGGAGCCAAUGCACAAGACACUCGCUCACAUUCUGGAGCGGAUUGAGUCCGUCUACUAUGAGCCAUAUGCCAAGGCCUUUCGCCAGCUGCUCACCGCGUGGCUGGAGGCAAAGGAUGUCUCGCUGUGGCUGCAGCCGCUGCUGCGUCAAACGGCCGCCUUCAAUUCGGUGCAGUUCAGCAACAGCCAGGAGCUGAUUGCUCCCAUGGUGCAUGUGCUGCACUUGAUCUGGAGCAAUGCGCGCUUCUAUCGCAGCAGUCAACGGAUGAGCGUGCUGCUGCGUUGCAUCUGCAACAUGCUCGUGCAUCGCGCCGCCGAAGACUUGGAAUUCCCGCUGCUCUUCCAGGGCGAUGCGGACGAAGGACUGCAACGGAUCAAUAAAACCGGCGAGGUGCUGGAGUUUUUUAGACAGCGCACACUCGACUACAAGGAACGCUAUGGCAGCAGCCAAGUCUUGUUGCCCGCCCUGCCCGUGGCAUCCACUUCGGCAGCUGCCUCGCCGCCGCCAACCGAUGAACAGCCACAGCUGUGGCGCUUCUCAAACGAACAGGUGUUUGGCCAAACACUCGACGGCUUCCUGCUGCAGCUCUCCGAGCUGCGUCACGUCUUCGAGGCAGCCGUGCAGUUCCAGCAGCUGGAGAAGCUCGAAAUUGGGGGACUGCGUGGCAAGCUGCUAACCGAACGUAUCAGACAGAUCUUCAACGAGUUCAAGCUGCUGUUCGAGCAGUGGACCGAUGUGGACAUCGAUCUCACAGCGCCAGCGGCAAAAUGGAAAUGCUUUAAGCGGGAGCAAGCCAUAUUCUUCGGUCGCAUGCAGCUACUAGAACAAAAGCUAGCUACUGUGCUGCUGCAGGCCUUUGAGCAGUGCCACAGCUGGAUGCAGCUGCUCAAGCUGACGCAGAUGUUUGGCUGCCUGCUGCAGCGCAGUGUGGUGCAACUGGAGCUGGUGCGUCUUCUUCCCCACAUGCUGGGCAUCUACGAUGCGGAGCUGCAGCAGCUCGAAAGCAGCGUGGCAGAUGUUUUACUAAACUAUCAGCUACUCGGACUCGCUGCGCUUCCCUUGGCCUGGAACUUUCCGCCCGUGGCGGGUGCCAUGAUGUGGCUGGAACAGCAUUUGCAUCGUUGCGAUGAGCUGGGCGCAAAGGAACUCACCGAACUCAUACAGACACUUUUGGGGCAGAAAUCGGAGCUUAUUGCGUUGCCUGUGCAAUGGGAUGCUUUGUGCAGUCGCCGCAACAUUUUGACCACCAAAUUGUGCAAUCUGCAGCUGAAAAUCUGGCACAACUGGCAACAGGACAUCGAACGGCUGAUAGCACAAGGCUUGGCAGAGCCAGUGUUGAUCCAACCAGAUGCAGCUGCUCAGGAAUUGCAACCCAAUUUCGCCCAGGCCUUGUUCACGCUGCUCAAGGAGACAAAGUAUCUGCUGGCUUUGCAGGCAGCUGGCAGUCUGUCGUCGCAGCUCUUUCAAAUGCCCGACGCUCUGCUCUCGCUGUAUCUGCAACGCGAUGCGUAUUGGCAGCGUCGCAUUCGUCUCAUCAAGAUUGAUGAGUUCUACAACGGCAUCAGAGCGGGGCAAUGCGCUGAGGCGGAGCUGCAGCUAAUAGCUGGCGAGCUGGCCACGAUUGAUGCCCAAGUAGCCAAGGCUUGUGUACAGCUCAGCUGGUCUAGCUAUGAUGAGCCUCUUAUUGAGAGCAUCUACGAGAAGGCACGCGGUCUGUUUGGGCGCCUGCAGCAGUCGCACAGCAAUCUGGAUGCCAUAUUGGCCAGCAUGCAUCGCUGGAGCCGAGAGCCGCUGCAUCAGCGCAGUCUCUACGGCCGCAAUCUGCUCGAUUUGCGGCAUCAGCAGGACCGUGUUCGACUCCGACUGCUGCAAUGCGAUGAGACGCGAAUGCUGUUAAAUCGCCUGCUGAUUGCCAACUUUUGUUUAUUCUUCAACUAUGAGACGCAGCAGUUUCAGCUCUAUUCCCGUGACCUCAGCGUCCAGGAGUUUGUGCGCGAAUUUCCGGAUGAGCAGCGGCGGCAGUAUAACAAAUAUUUGGCCAACGUUGAUGAGUUGAUUUACCGUGAAGUGCGACUGGCAAUGAGGAUCAGUUUAGAGUAUUUGCACAAGGAAAUGACAGGCACAGCAACAACAACAAAUGCGACUGCGACUGCGACUUCGACUUCAACUACAACUACAACUGCGACAGGAACUUCAGGCAAGGUCUUGUUGCUGCUACAACAAAUCACGACGCCACAAGCGACAGCGACAAUAAUGCCACCAACAACAACGACAACAGCAACAACUGCGAUGGGAACAACAAACGAUGCACCGCUAUUCGAAGUGAAAUUGGAGCUGACGGAAACGGAAAUACGUUUUUCGCCUGCCUUUGAUGCAAGUGUUGAAAAUAAUUUUCAACAAAUUGUCGAGCAGCUGUUGCUGGAUAUAAAACAGACAUGCGACUGCAUGCCAAGAAUUGUGUCUGACAAUGCGCACUCCGAUGAAGAAGAAGAAGAAGAAGAGGAUGAACAGGAACAGGAGCAGGAGAAGUUAACGGAUGAACAGGGGGGAUGAGCAGCAGUUCAAGUUGAGCACCGUUCAAGCAGCAACCAUGGCCAAGGCAGAGUCAAAGACAGAGGCAGCAGCUUCUGCCAGUUCCAUGCAAGGUGAGCUGGCUGCAUUCCUUCUUAACAGACACCUCAUACUCUUCCUCUUCUUUCUACUCCCUCUUCAGUUGAUGAGUUGGAAAUGUUACGCGCCGCAAUAUGCGACGCUUUGGCGCACACGGUGCAGGCGGCGUUGAAUUAUGCUGCCAAAUUCCACGCCUAUGAGUUCCUUUGGACCCAACAGAGUCGUGACGUCCUUGCCAGCUGCAUGCAAACGGCCCGCGAACAGACGACCCACAUUAGUGGCAGUGGCUAUGCCAUCAUGGAGACCUUCAAAAAGGAGAUUGAACGCUACAAUGAACUGCACGAUGCCAUCGACCAGUGCGAGAGUCGACACUGCAUCCAUGGCUGGCUGGCUUUGGAUCUGAGACCCCUCAAGCAUGGCCUGCUUAAUCUGGUGUGCAAAUGGUCGCACCUCUACAAGCAAUGGCUCUUACGUUAUGUGCAACAGACGCUUAAGGAGCUGAACACUUUCAUAGCGAACAGCCAAGAGACGCUGCAGCUGUUUAUCGCACGCCAAAACUUUGAGGCGUUGCUGCGCGUGCUCGCUGUCAUGUCGGAGAUCCGACAGCGCGAACCGUAUGCGGACAAUGUCUUUAAGCCGCUGAAGGACAUUAUGGCACUGCUGAAGACCUACAAUGUGGAAUUUGAGGCGCAGCUGCUGCGCAACAUUGAGCAACUGCCGCUGCACUGGCAACAGCUCAAGUUGCAGGCUCUGGCCAAGCAGGAGGCACUCCAGGACACGCGUUACUAUCAACAGCAGCGCGUUACUGCGCUCAUUGGCCUGCACACGUGCCACGUGCAACACUAUGCCAAGCAGUUCCACCAAAUGUCAUUCUUUCGUGUGCCGUGUCCACAGGUUUACGAUAUCUGCGACGAGGUGUACGUGCGACUCCAUCGCUUUGGCAGCCAGCAGCGUCGCUAUGCCCGCUGGGCCCGUCUGCUCGACAUUCCCGAGCCCGACACGGCCAAACUGCUGCACUGCCGGACGGAGCUUAGACGUGUUAAGCAACUGUGGGACUUUGUGCGCGUCAUCGAAUCGUGCAUUGUCGACUGGCAUACGACACCUUGGCUGCGCAUCGAUACCGAUGACAUGGAGCACGAGUGCAAGAAGUUCACGCGGGAUUUGCGCACGCUAGACAAAUGCAUCAGGGACUGGGCUCCCUAUGUUUACAUUGUGGCCGUGCUGCGUGAGCUGGUUGCCUCGCUGCGCGCUGUUACCGAGCUUCAGAAUCCGGCAAUUACCGAACGACAUUGGCUGGAGCUCAUGCAGCUGUCAAAGCUAAUUGGACAGUAUCAAGUGGAAGAACUUCUUUCGUACAAAUGCAACACAUCCACAACGCUCGCUCAGCUGCUCAAACUGCAGCUGCAGCAACAUGAGGAGGACAUCAAGAACACUGUGGAUCGUGCCAUCAAGGAGGCGACAGUCACCAAGGUGCUGGAUGACAUCAAAGCCACUUGGGCGCAUCUCGAAUUCGAAUUGGAACCACAUCAAAGUCGUCCCACCGUGAGUUUGCUUAAAGUAUCCGAAGAGCUGAUUGAGACGCUCGACGACAAUCAAAUGCAACUGCAAAACAUCUCUACGUCCAAGCACAUCGAGUAUCUGCUCGAUAAGCUGAGUCACUGGCAGCGUGUGCUCAGCGGCAUUGAUACCCUGAUUGUCAAUUGGUUCGAGGUGCAACGCAAGUGGAUCUAUCUCGAGUGCAUCUUCAUUGGCUCCACAGACAUCAGAUCUCAACUGCCACAAGAUGCAGCCAAUUUCGAGCGCAUCGAUGAGGAUUUCACACAGCUACUCGAGCGAGUUACCCAAGUGAAAGUUGUGAUGCAAGUCGUGCUGCAACACGAAGAUGUACUCAGUCAGCUGCUGGAACUCCAGCAACGUUUGGCAGUCUGUGAGAAGGCUUUAAAUGAUUAUCUGGAAACCAAACGUUUGGCAUUUCCACGCUUCUACUUCAUCUCAGCUGCUGAUCUACUUGAUAUACUCUCCAAUGGCAACAAUCCUCAAGUGAUUGAUCGCCAUCUCAUUAAACUCUUCGAUUCUAUUCUGAGAUUGCAGUAUGAAACAAAUACCACACACGCUGUGGGCAUGCACUCCAAGGAGAACGAUGAGUACGUCGCCUUUGUGGCCAACUUGGAGCGCGAGCAGCUCGCCUACAUCGACUGCAGUGGAAGAGUGGAGCUCUGGCUGCGAGCUGUCAUCCAACAGAUGCGCAGCACACUCCACGAACUCUUCCGACGUGCUCUGCGCGCCUUCGGCGAGAAGUCACGCGAUCUCUGGCUCUACGAUUGGCCAGCUCAGGUCGCGCUCUGCUGCAGUCAAAUACACUGGACAACGGAUGUGAAUCGCACGUUUGCUUGCAUGGAAGAGGGCUACGAAGGUGCCAUGAAGGAACUGCACAAACGUCAAAUCACUCAACUGAAUGCCUUGAUCAAUCUGCUACUCGGUGAACUGUCACCUGGUGAUCGACAGAAGAUCAUGACCAUCUGUACGAUCGAUGUGCAUUCACGUGAUGUCAUUGGCAAGAUUAUUGCCUCGAAAGUGGAUAACUCCUUGGCAUUUCAGUGGCAGAGUCAAUUGCGUCAUCGCUGGGAUGAUGAGCAGUCUGGCAGUGGGUCCAGUGGCUGUGGCACAAUCUUGUCCACAGCCAGCGGAGGCGAAGGUGGCGAGGAGGAUUGCUUUGCCAACAUUUGUGAUGCUGAGUUUCGCUAUGCCUACGAGUACUUGGGGAAUACAUCCAGACUGGUCAUCACACCACUCACGGAUCGCUGCUACAUUACGUUGACCCAGUCGCUGCAUCUGGUGAUGGGCGGAGCACCUGCCGGCCCGGCGGGAACAGGCAAGACGGAGACAACGAAGGACCUGGGCCGGGCACUGGGCGUAAUGGUUUAUGUCUUCAACUGUUCGGAGCAAAUGGACUACAAAUCUUGCGGCAACAUUUACAAAGGGCUGGCCCAGACCGGCGCAUGGGGCUGCUUUGACGAGUUCAAUCGCAUCUGUGUGGAAGUGCUGUCCGUGGUUGCCGUUCAGGUGAAGACCAUACAGGAGGCGAUAAAGAUGCAUAAAACCCAAUUUAUCUUUAUGGGCGAGCGCAUCUCGCUGGAGCCGUCGGUUGGCAUUUUUAUCACCAUGAAUCCGGGCUACGCCGGCCGCACCGAGCUGCCGGAAAACCUGAAAACAUUGUUUCGCCCAUGCGCCAUGAUUGUGCCGGACUUUGCUUUGAUUUGUGAGAUUAUGUUAAUGGCCGAGGGCUUCCAGGAUGCUCGUCUGCUGGCACGCAAAUUUAUCACACUCUACACGCUGUGCAAGGAGCUCCUGUCCAAGCAGGAUCACUACGACUGGGGCCUGCGUGCCAUCAAAUCCGUCCUCGUUGUCGCCGGCACGCUGAAACGCGACGACCACAGUCGCCCCGAGGAUCAGGUGUUAAUGCGCGCUCUGCGUGACUUUAACAUACCCAAGAUUGUGACCGAAGAUGUGCCCAUAUUUAUGGGUCUCAUUGGCGACCUCUUUCCCGCCCUCGAUGUGCCGCGAAAGCGUGUCUUUGAGUUCGAGAAAACCAUUCGUCGUGCCGUCAACGAAAUCAAACUCCAACCCGAGGAGGGUUUCCUCAUGAAGGUGGUGCAACUUCAAGAGCUACUCGAUGUGCGACACUCGGUGUUUAUUGUGGGCGAUGCGGGCACUGGGAAGACAAAGAUCUGGCAGACGCUGAGGGAAACGUAUCGCAUACAGAAACUGAAGCCAGUGUGUCAUGUGCUCAACCCGAAAGCCCUGUCCAACGACGAGCUCUUUGGCAUCGUUAAUCCCACCACACGCGAGUGGAAAGAUGGUCUAUUCUCUUCUAUAAUGCGGGAACAGGCGAAUAUGCCGCCUGGGAAUCCGAAAUGGAUUGUGCUGGACGGCGAUAUUGAUCCCAUGUGGAUAGAGAGUCUCAACACGCUGAUGGACGACAACAAGAUCUUGACGCUGGCCAGUAAUGAGCGCAUCUCCUUGAAGCGUGAGAUGCGACUGCUCUUCGAAGUGGGACAUCUCAAGGCAGCGACGCCAGCAACUGUCUCCAGAGCAGGCAUCUUGUACAUUAAUCCACAGGAUCUGGGCUGGUCACCCUACGUCUCCUCUUGGCUGGAAUCCCGAGUGAACAUGAUCGAGCGUGGCAUAUUGACCACGCUAUUCGAAAAGUAUUUUCCCAGCCUGAUGCAACGUCAGCGAGACUUUCGACGCAUCACACCCAUCACGGACAUGGCCAUGAUACAAAUGACCUGUCACCUGCUCGAGUGUCUGCUGGACACCGAUCAAAGCACGGACGAUGGCAGUGGGACACGUGGGGCAGCAGCUGCAUCACAACAUGGGGCAAGUUCGCAUAGUUUGCAUCAUGUGGAUUUGUCGCACGAAUCGGCCGAGCUGGCAUUGGAGACCAUCUUUGUGUAUGUGACACUGUGGAGCUUUGGGUCGGCAUUGCAUCAGGAUGCAAUCAUCGAUUGGCAUCGCGAGCUGCACAAAUGGUGGACGGGGGAGUUCAAGGACGUCAAGUUGCCCAGCCAGGGCACCGUAUUUGACUAUCAACUUAAUGUGCAAACACUAAAGUUCCAGCGCUGGUCCGAGCUGGCAGCCCAAGAGCAGCUGGACUGUCAAAUCGAUGCUGAGCUGCCAUUGCAGAACGUGCUCAUUUCAACUGCAGAGACCACACGGCUGGCCUACUUCCUCAAGCUGCUUAUCGACCGCAAUCUUGCCUGCAUGCUGGUGGGCAGCUCUGGCUGUGGCAAGGGUGCCAUCUUCCGUGAGCUCUUCAGCAAAUAUGCCAGCGCACAGGAGCUCCUUGAAAUUGCAGUGACAGCUGUCAGCAGCAACAGUCAGCAACAGCAACACCAGCAACACCAACAGCAGCAACAGCAACAACUGCAGCAGACAAACGCUGACAACGUGAGCGUUGUGCGUCGGAAGUCAUCGUCGUCGACACCAUUGCUGACCACGGUGCAGGCGACACACUUUAACUUCUACACCACAUCGGAGAUAUUCCAGAAGAUGCUCGACCGCCCGCUGGAGAAGAAGUCGGGACGUUGCUACGCACCCAGCGGACCCAAGCGACGUCUCAUCUACUUUGUCAACGACCUGAACAUGCCCGAGGUGGAUGCCUAUGGCACCGUGCAACCGCACACGAUUAUGCGUCAGUUCAUGGACUACAGGCAGUGGUACGAUCGUCAGCGUUUGCAACUGAAAGACAUUAGACACUGUCAGUUUGCCGCCUGCAUGAAUCCCACAGCAGGUUCCUUCACCAUUGAUCCGCGGUUGCAGCGACACUUUUGCGUCUUCUCUGUGGCGCCACCUGCCGAGGAGACACUGCACUACAUCUAUAGCAGCAUAUUGAACAAUCAUCUGGAUCAACCUGCUCAGGGUUUCAGCAAGGAAAUACGUUCCAUUGGUAAUCUGCUGGUUCAAGUUGGCAUCGCUCUGCAUCGACGUGUGGAAUACGCUUUUCUCCCUACCGCCAUCAAGUUCCACUACAUCUUUAACCUGCGCGAUCUCACCAACAUCUAUCAGGGUGUCAUGAACAGCGUAGGUGCUCCGGUGGCUGCAGGUGGAGGUGGGGGCAGUAUGGGGGGAACUGUUUGCAGCAAACCCGCUGAGCUGAUGCGACUUUAUGUGCACGAAGCUUAUCGAGUUUAUCACGAUCGUCUGGUCGAUCAAUAUGACAUUAAAUCAUUCAAGUCUUCGAUUAGGGAUAUAUUCAAGAAGGACUUUGAGGACUUUGACGAGGACUUUGUGUUUGCAGAGCCCUUGAUCUACAGUCACUUUGCGCAAUCGUUGGUGGAUCAAAAGUACAUGCCCCUCAAGAGCUGGGAUUCUUUGUAUCAACUGCUGCUGGAAGCGCAGUCAAGCUACAAUGACGUCGUGGGGUAUAUGAAUCUGGUGUUGUUUGAGGACGCCAUGAUACAUAUUUGUCGCAUCAAUCGCAUUCUGGAGAGUCCGCGUGGCAAUGCUUUGCUCAUAGGUGUGGGCGGCUCUGGCAAGCAAACCUUGGCUCGCCUAGCUGCCUUUAUUUCCUCCUUGAGCGUCUCGCAAAUACAAAUCAAACGUGGCUUUGGUCUGCUCGAUAUGCGCGAUGAAAUUGCCGCACUCUACAUGAAAGUGGGACUCAAGAAUGUCGCCUCAGUGUUUCUCAUUUCCGAUGCUCAGCUGCCUGAUGAAUCAAUACUCAUGCUCAUCAAUGACUUACUAGCUUCAGGUGAAAUACCCGAACUCUUCAACGACGAUCAGCUGGAUACCAUUAUCAACGGCAUUCGAAACGAGGUGAAGCAAAGCGGCACUCUAGAUACCAAGGAAAACUGUUGGCGUUACUUUGUGGAGAAAGUGCGACGUCUGCUAAAAGUUGUGCUCUGUUUCUCGCCCGUGGGACAAACGCUGCGCAUAAGAGCACGAAAGUUUCCAGCGAUCAUCAGUCGGACGGCCAUCGACUGGUUCCAUGAGUGGCCCAAAAGUGCAUUGGAAUCGGUGUCGCAAAAAUUUCUGAACGAAAUCAGCGACAUACUGGAGGCGCCGCUCAUACCGCCCAUCGGCUGUUUUAUGGCCUACGUCCAUGGCACCGUGAAUCAGAUAUCGAAAAUUUAUCUACAGAAUGAAAAACGCUACAACUACACGACACCAAAAACAUUUCUCGAAUACAUUUUCCUCUACCGCAAACUGUUGGUCGACAAAAACGGCGAGUUCGCACAGCGCAUCUCCCGCUUGCAGAGCGGCAUGGCGAAGUUGGCGGAAUGCGCCAGCCAGGUGGACACCCUAAAGCAUCAACUGGCCAUCCAGGAGGUACAACUGGCUGCCAAAAAUGCGGCCGCCGACAAGCUGAUUGGAAUUGUUAGCGCCGAGAGUGAAAAGGUGAAACGCGAACGCUUUACAGCCUCCGAGGAGGAGAAACGUGUGCGCAUCAUAGAGGAGGAUGUUUCGAUUAAAACCAAACUCUGUGAACAGGAUUUGCGACAGGCGGAGCCGGCACUCGUUGCCGCCCAGGCAGCACUCAACACACUCAACAAAAACAAUCUCACGGAACUAAAGUCCUUUGGCUCGCCACCAAAGGCUGUGAUUAAUGUCUGUGCCGCUGUGAUGGUAUUACUCGCUACGAAUGGCAAAAUACCACGGGAUCGCAGCUGGAAGACUGCCAAAUUGAUGAUGGUGCGUGUGGAUCAGUUUCUCAACGAUCUGGUCAACUACAACAAGGACAAUAUACAUCCAAACAUUAUUGAAACGUUGCAGGAAUAUCUCAAGGAUCCCGAGUUCAAUCCAGAUAAGGUCGUGCAAAAGUCCGUGGCAGCAGCUGGCCUCUGCGCCUGGGUCAUCAAUUUGCAUCGUUAUCACCAGGUCUUCUUGAUAGUUGGCCCUAAACAGCAGGCGCUACAGGACUCGCAGCAGGAGCUGUUCGAGGCCCGAGAGCGUCUGCAAUAUCUCAAGACGAAAAUCAACCAUCUGCAGGACAAACUGGCCGAAAUACAGGCGGAGUUCGAGCAUGCCGUGGCCGAAAAGCAAAAGUGCCAACGCGAGGCGGACAAGACGUCCUUUACCAUCGAUCUGGCGCAUCGCCUGGUCAAUGGGCUGGCCAACGAGAAUGUACGCUGGCGCGAGUCAGUGCAGAGUUUACAGGCAAAGAUUGGCACUCUGCCCGGUGAUAUACUGUUAAUUUCCUCGUUCCUGUCGUACGUGGGCUGUUUCACGCGUCGCUACCGCGAGGAGCUGCAGCACAAGAUGUGGCUGCCCAGUUUUCGCAGAAUGGAUGUGAGUACACGUCAUACGCUUGACCUUAACUUGACACCUUCUUUUACUACAUUUCACACCUAUCCAUUCCACUCCAAUCUACUCUGUCAGCCCCACAUACCGCACACGGAGGGCGUCGACCCAUUGACGCUGCUGUCGGAUGACGCGCAAAUUGCCACUUGGAACAAUGAGGGUCUGCCCAUGGAUGGCAUGUCCACGGAGAAUGCGACAAUAUUGCAGCACUCAACACGCUGGCCUCUGAUGAUAGAUCCGCAGCUUCAAGGGAUUAAGUGGAUCAAGAGUCGCUUCGGCGCCUCGUUGGUGGUGUUGCGACUCACUCAACGCGGCUUUCUCGAGGCACUGGAAAAGUCCAUUUCGCGUGGCGACACCGUGCUAAUUGAACAAAUCGAGGAGACGAUGGACACGGUGCUGGAGCCGCUACUCAGUCGGGCCCUGAUCAAAAAGGGACGCUAUCUGCGCAUUGGCGAAAAGGAAAUGGAGUUCAAUCCGAAUUUCCGUCUCAUAUUGCACACGAAACUGGCCAAUCCGCAUUACAAGCCGGAAAUGCAGGCGCAGACAACGCUCAUUAACUUUACCGUCACACCGGAUGGCCUCGAGGAGCAGCUGCUAGCGGAAGUGGUCAAAAUCGAACGUCCGGAUCUGGAGCAGAUGAAAACCGAAGUCACCCUGCAGCAAAAUAUGUUUAAAAUCUCACUCAAAGCACUCGAGGAUGAACUGCUGGCCAGAUUGGCUUCGGCUGGCGAGAACGUGCUCGAUGAUCAUGCUCUCGUCUUAAAUCUGGAGAACACCAAACGCACCGUGGACGACAUUGAAUCCAAGGUGCGAGAGGCGCAUCUGACAACGCUGCAAAUCGACGAGACUCGCAAUAUUUAUCGUGCUGCAGCCAAGCGCGCUGCCAUUCUCUACUUUGUGCUAACGGAUUUGAACCGCAUUAAUCCGAUUUAUAAAUUCUCGCUGAAGUCCUUUAUGCAUGUCUUUCGCCAGGCUAUUGCCGUGGCUCCAGACUGCAAGAACUUCGAGAAGCGUGUGCUGCAUCUCGUGGAUUCGAUUACACUGCAAACCUAUCGUUAUACUCUUCGUGGUCUCUUCGAGGCAGACAAACUGACCUUCACCUCUCACCUAACACUGCGCAUCAUGAUUGCCGCCGAGCAGGUGGCCAAGGAUGAAACGGACUUCCUGCUCCGCUAUCCUCACGAUCCGAACACGCUUUCCCCACUCGACUUUGUGGGUCGAAGUGCCUGGGGUGGCAUCAAAUCCCUGGCACUCGUCGAACACUUUUACGGCAUCGAUAAGGAUAUGGAGAACUAUACAAAACGUUGGCGCAAAUUCAUGUCCAGCGAUACCCCAGAACGCGAGCAGUUCCCUGGCGAGUGGAAGCAUCGCACUCCGCUCCAGAAGCUGUGCAUUGUGCGUGCUCUGCGUCCAGAUCGCAUGACCUAUGCCAUGGCUCAGUUUGUGGAGCAAACUAUGGGCAAAGCCUACGCUGAGGUACAAACGCCUCCGUUUGUGGCCAUCUUCAAGGAGUUGAAUGCCGCUACACCUGCUUUUUUUAUACUCUCCCCAGGCGUAGAUCCCAUUCGGGAUGUGGAGCGUUAUGGCCAGCAGCAGGGCUUUCAUGCCGAUGUUGGUACGCUGGUCAACAUCUCGUUGGGUCAGGGGCAAGAACUACUCGCAGAGCAAGCCAUUGAACAGGCUCUAACCUCGGGUGAACAGUGGGUCAUAUUGCAAAACAUUCACCUGGUGGUCAACUGGUUGCCCACGCUAGAGAAGCUCAUCGAGCGCAUAGUGCUACAGUCGGAGACGCAAGGUGACUCAAAUUUCCGACUGUUCAUCAGCGCAGAACCCGCUCCCGAUCCCCAGUACCAUGUAAUUCCCCAGGGAAUCCUAGAAUCCUCUCUAAAAGUGGUCAAUGAACCGCCCGCAGGCAUGGCUGCCAAUCUGCAUAAAGCCUGGGAUAAUUUCUCCCAAGAAACACUGGAGACCUGCACUCAAGAAGCAGAGUUCAAGUCCAUACUCUUUGCCCUCUGCUACUUCCAUGCAGUGGCUGGCGAACGUCGCAAGUUCGGGCCGCAAGGUUGGAACAAAGUUUAUCCUUUUAAUGUGGGGGAUUUGACCAUCUCGGCGAAUGUGCUGCACAACUAUCUGGAGGGCAGCAAUCGCAUACCCUGGGAAGAUUUACGCUAUCUCUUUGGGGAAAUCAUGUACGGCGGCCACAUCACCGACGACUGGGAUCGACGCCUUUGUCAAACAUUCCUGGAGGAGCUGCUGCAGCAGGAUCUCAUUGAUGGCGACUUUGAAUUGUGUCCCGGCUUCCCAGCACCACCUAAUCUAGAAUUUGAAGGCUACCACAGCUAUAUCACUGAAAUGCUGCCCGAGGAAUCACCCUUACUCUAUGGUCUCCAUCCUAAUGCGGAGAUUGGCUUCCUCACCAGCGCCUCGGAGCAAUUGCUGCGCACCAUUUUCGAGCUGCAACCCCGAGAGUCGGAGCUGAGCACACAUUGCGGUGCACCACGCGAGGAGCUGGUCAAGAUUAUGAUUGACGACUUUCUGGACAAACUGCAAGAUGAGUUCAAUCUGCAAGCGCUUUUGAAUCGCGUAGAGCGCAAGACGCCUUUCGUGGUCGUUGCUCUGCAGGAAUGCGAACGAAUGAAUGCGUUGAUACGCGAGAUUAAGCGUUCCCUCAGAGAACUCAUGCUGGGACUAAAAGGUGAACUGACCAUCACACAGGAAAUGGAACGCUUAGACUAUGCCAUCUUCUAUGAUCACGUGCCCGCUGCUUGGGCACAGCUCGCUUAUCCCAGCAUGCUGGGUCUUCAGGGCUGGUUUGCUGAUCUGCUGCAUCGCAUCAAGGAGCUUGCGGGUUGGCUGAAUGACUUUAAGCUGCCCUGCGCCAUCUGGCUGGGAGGAUUAUUCAAUCCCCAGAGCUUCCUAACGGCCAUCAUGCAAGAGAGCGCCAGGAAACAUGAUUUACCUUUAGAUCGCAUGCUCAUCAGUUGUGAUGUGACCAAGAAGCAAAAGGAUGAUGUCACUCUGCCACCGCUAGAGGGCGCCUUUGUGCACGAGCUAUAUUUGGAUGGCGCCAGCUGGGAUUGUCAGCUCAAUUCCAUUGUGGCGUUGCAUCCCAAGGAGCUGCUCUGCGCCAUGCCCGUCAUCUACAUCAAGUCCAUUGUGCAGGAGAAACAGGAGCUGCAGCGUGUCUACGAGUGUCCGCUCUACAAGACCAGGUCGCGUGGCAACACCUACGUCUGGACACUGAACCUCAAGACGCGUGACCGUCCAGCCAAAUGGAUAUUAGCCGGAGUUGCCCUUUUGUUGCAGCCAUAGAGCGACCCCAAGUGAAAGGCAUCCUCCCACACACACGAAAGCCCUUUCUCCAUUGUUGGCAUCAACUUGAGCUAUUAAAGUGUUGUGACGCGUUUCCUUGCGGUUCUUUUUAUUUAUAGCCCCUGAAUGGACAGCAAUCAUCAAAAGCGCAUCACGUGAACUCUCGGCUGAUUAAAGCGCUAAUUACACAGCUCAGCACAAAAGCGCUUAGAAAGAAACCACGCAGCAAUUAAUCGCACAAAAAUAGACUCUGCUUGGCACCAAAAUAAUACUCAAGGCAAAAGCAAUAAACUUUUAUAUUAUAUGGAAAUAAAUCAAGUAGCAUACAUGCUAUAGAACUUAGAAGACACAAAAUGAUUAAGCUAUAAACAAAAUACUAUAU